AUGGUUCCUGAAGAUGAUAAUGAAACGACACCAGAGAUCUUCCUCCUGACUGGGCUCUCCAGCCAGCCACUCAUGCGCAGGGUGCUCUUUGUCGCGUUUCUCUUCCUCUAUCUAAUGACUCUUCUUGGGAAUGGCCUUAUUGUCCUCUUGAUCAUAGCAGAUCCUCACCUUCACACCCCCAUGUAUUUCUUUCUAGGCAACCUCUCCCUUCUUGACAUCUGUUAUACUACCAGCACAGUCCCACAGAUGCUGGCCCACAGCUUCACGGAGAGGCCCACUAUCUCCAAUGCCAGAUGUUUUGCCCAGAUGUGUAUCUCGCUCUUCCUUGGGACGACGGAAUGCAUUCUGUUGGCUGUCAUGGCUUAUGACCGCUUUGUGGCGAUAUGCAUGCCACUCCACUAUACGCUGAUCAUGAACAGAAGGCUGUGUGGCUGUCUGGCUGUCUCCUCGUGGGUCUUGGCCUCCCUGUUGACCCUUGUACCAUCCUUCACCAUGAAGAUCAAACUAUGUGGGCACAAUGUCAUCAACCAUUUUGCAUGUGAAGUUCAGGCUGUUGUGAAACUAGCAUGUUCUGAUAUCUCAGCCAAUGCAGGUUUCUCACUAGGCAGCAGUGUUUUCACUCUCUUAGUACCCUUUGCCUUCAUUUUGCUGACUUACGUUCGCAUUAGUCUGGCAGUGCUGAGGAUUCGCUCAGCUCAGCGUUGGAGCAAGGCUCUUUCUACCUGUGGCUCCCAUCUUACAGUGGUUGGGAUCUUUUAUGGCACAGCUAUGGCCAUGUACCUAAGGUCACCAGGCAGAUCUUCAAACCAGGACAAAUUUGUUGCUGUCUUCUAUGCUGUGGUCACUCCAAUGCUGAACCCUCUGAUCUAUAGUUUGAGGAACAAGGAUGUGAAAGGAGCCUUGUGGAGGGUAAUGGGCAGGAAAAUGGAUCCCUAG